AUGGGCCAGACGUAUAAAUGGGCCAGCGAAGACAUAUCAUGUCCCCCACUCACCAUCUACUGGAAUCUCAGCGCCACUGUCCACCCAAGCAGCUUAUUGACUCAUCUACCGGCCCUUAAUAUGUGCACCAGACGCCACGUUUGCUACAUUUACACCAAGUGCGGGCACGCUUACGCCAUGCCCGAGCAAAUCAUCGAAUGCGACAAAGUCAAUUGCAUCUUCAGCCCCAGCCACCCGAGCACGUGCUCCGGUGCCUCCUGCAAGAAGACCUGCUGGCAAUACCGUCAGCCGACGGAGCAGUACUCGCCGCAGCUUCCGGAGUACUGCCCCACCUGCGUCCAGAGCGGCCGUCGCUGA